AUGUCUUCGCACAAAUCCUACGCCGCUUCGAACACGACCUACGUCCCCACCCCGCACUGGUCGCCAAACAACCUCACCGGCACGACCUUGACGUCGGGGUUGCCCGCGGUGCCAUAUCAACAGUCCGCCGCGAACAAUGAGACUGGGUACAGAGGCCCUUACCCUGGCUCUGUCGGGCUCACGUCCGCGUCUCCCGCGUCCUCGACGGGGUCUCCUCGUUCUCUUGAGUCGUAUGCUACAGCAUACUCGAUGUCCGUGCCCUCUACACCGGGCGCUCCCUAUAUGCACACAGUGCCAUUACCGCUCGUUUCCGGAUCUUACGGCCUCCCCACCCCACCCAACAGCCCCCAGACACGUCCCCAUCCAAAACUCGACCAAACUUUAACUUAUAACACACACUCUCCUUACAACUUCGAUGUUUCUUACGCGCCGAGCGGCGAUCUGCUCGCGCUCCGCCAGAGCGCGCUCCAGCCGGCCACCGCGCGCAUGGUCCUGACCGUGCCGGGCAUCUGGACGUUCGAGGCCGCGAACCCGCGCGGCGUCACCGUCGCGGACGUCAUCAGCGCGAUCUCGCAGCACCUGUGUGCGCGUGCGACGGGGCACGAGCCCGAGUACCACUCCCGCGCGGGCCAGCCGGACGUUGUGCGCGCGUACGCGCGCCGCACCGCGCACGCGCGCGGCGAUGGCCUCCGCCGCGUUGACCUGCUCAUGUCGCACACGCGCUUCGCGGGCCUCUCCCGCGCGCGCGACGGCUCGGACAGCUGGAUCGUGCACUUUGUCUGA